GCUCAAUUCUGCGCAUUGCAAGAAACCAAGGCGAAUGCAGGCCAUGGCAUGUCUGUUCCGUCAAGUCAAAAGACACCAAGAUAGAUCAAAGCUUCCUCAGGCUUGCAAGACACCAGUAUCCCAUCAGUCGUUGGCUUUCUCUAGACACCAGAAAUACUAGUAGUGGAAGCUUUGUGAAGGAAUACCAUGGCUACCCCUCUGAGACAACGUUCCCGCAGUAAGAGCGAUCCUGCCUUGGGCUCUACGAAUUCAAAUAGGACAAGCGCCAAUAGCCUUACGAGUAACAGAUCCAGUCUGAAGAGCCGUCAAUCAUCUUCUCCCACCAAGAGAGUGCUCCGUGAAAGUCAGCAAAAGGGCGAGACGGGUAGCAGCAAUACACGCAGCGUGUUCAAGUUCGUGGCUGGCCAUGACGAUGAUCAGGUGACGACGACACCCGUGCGACGGUUACUACACGAAAAGGAAAACAACCAUAACAACAGCAGUAGCACCAAGACUCCCAACAACAACAACACACCGGAUCCAUCUCAGCCACGGUUAUCGUCAAUUUUGUCCUCCGUGGAUCGCGUGGUCGUCUUGUCUCGCGAGAAAAUCGAUACGGUUAGCAGUCCCAAUAGUUACAAACCAUGUCACUCUACUGGGAUACUGGGAAUUCGGCCUCCAGAAGAAGAUAUCGUCAGUGUUAUCACGCCCAUUCGGCUGUUGCAACCGGCGCUGGAGCAAAAACAGAAACGAGAUAAACCGGCCGAAUCUACAGACGACACGAGGAACGCACCAACACCGGUGACUCCAGAUCAAAAACCGAAAGUUGCUGCUGACGCCGAUGAGACAGCUGAUACGAACCAAUGUCAGGCAAUGGUGUUGUAUGCGACUCCUCGACAACCUAUCGUUUCUCCCUUGCGGAUGAUAUUUGGUUCUCGAGGAGCCUCCAACUGGCAAAAAUCUUCGUCUCGAUACGUCUCCACGAAGUCAAUGGUUUCCCUGCUUUUUGGGUUUCUCUCAUCUUACCUUCCAUUGAUUCAGGCAUGGAUCAAGCAAUCCAAAUCUUCCAGUAGUCGUCGCCGACGAUCGAGUAUUACCAAUUCGAAUACGUCUCUACCGACAACAACUAUCCAUGUGGAUGAUGGUGAUGCGGAUUUGUCUGACAGCACCACCAGUCUAGUGAUCUAUAAUGACAAGGACAGCAAGCACGACAACCAACAACAACAGCAACAGAAAACAACAGAUGCCCUUAAGGAAGCUGCUGCGCCCCUUCCUGAAGUCUUGUCAGAUAACGAAACCAAGUACGGUAUUGCCUUGUUCCAACUGCUUUUACUCAAGAACAAGAUCAUGCUGUGCGAGCAAAAUGACGACGCCGACGACAACAGCACUAACUUUAGCAACAAACAAGAGCUUGCCCAAUAUCUGGAACUCACCGUGCAAACACUCGAGUAUUGCAUUGAGCUACGAGGAGAAAAACAUGCCACUCCCUUGCGCAUGGAACUGGCACAAGCCUUGGACGUUCUUGGCGGUCUCUAUCGGGACUGCAUUCGCGAUUAUCCACAGGCGUUUGUCUACUACACGAGAGCCUUGGAAACAAAGUCAUUCAUUUACGGUGCUGAAGCCAGAAACUUGGAUUUGGCAUCGUCUAUGGAAACACUCGGUGUCCUGAUGCGAGAUCGAUUGCCAGGAUGCAUCCCCGAUUCGAUUCGUUGCUUUCAGCAGGCACUCACCAUGAAACGAAAGGUCUACGAACGAUGCUUGCCGCAACCCAAUGCCAACAACAAGCAGUGGGCCGAAUUGGCACAAACCUAUCACAGUUUAGGUUUGGCACAUGACAUGUCGGCCGACUAUCCGAAUGCAGUGCUGUACUACGAAAAAUCCCUGACCGCACGACACAAACAACAGCAAUACCUCAAUCACAAAUACGGUCAUACGCUGCGUCAAGAACGGCGCAAGCAGCAGGCGCUGGCCAAGGCCAACCAAAAACGUGUUGCUACCUUGUUCAAUCUGGGUUGCGUUUCGGAAAAGUUGAACAAGUUGGAAGAUGCAAGAGCCUACUUGGAGGAAGCGCUGCAGAUGCAGUAUCAGCUUCACAACACAUAUCGCCAUGUGCUGGCGGAUGCUUCGUCGUCAACCUACUCUUUCUCGGAAAGCAACAACGACUACGGCAGUGCUGGCGCUGGUGAGAAUAACAGCUUGAUUGGGACCCUCUUCCGACUGGCGUCCAUAUACGAACAGUGCAAAGAGCUUGAAGGGGCCUACAGGUACUACAAAAUUGCGCUCGACAUUCAUUACCAAGCAAUGCAAAGUCCCAACAAUGCUGCCAAACAAAGUGCAGCCAGGACCCCUCACCCACUCCUGUUGGCGCUCUUGCAUGGAGCAGCCACCGCGUCGAACCUAUUGGGGCACUACGAAGACUCCUUGUUUGCAUACGAGUCGUUGAUUGAGACACUGCGGCUCAAAGGAGCCGCAGACAAGCGUCUCCUCAUACCAACUUUACACCACUUGGGAAUGUUGAACGAUGUCCUGGGUCAUGUCCAGAAAGCCAGCAAGUACUAUCGUCAUGCACUCAUGCUCGUAGACACCGACAGCAAUUGGAAAGAGUCCGCCGUGGCACGCAAUAUACGAAUGAAUGUUCUUUGCUUGGCCGACCCGUCCUCGGAAGACCCCAAGCACAAGAUCCACGCGCUAUCUUCGACACCGACCAAAAGCCCCCGAAACAGCGCCAACGCCAAGAACCAUGCUGCCUUUGAUCAUGUCCGACGCUACUUUUUGGACAACAUCAAACGCUACUACAAACGUCAGGAUUAUGUUCACAAGGAUGCUGCUCUGGCAAUUACGUACCGCAACGCCGCUCUUCUGUCGGCAAACCGCGUCCGCGGCCUUUCCGAUGCUCGCACGUACUACGAACAAUACUUGGAAACAGUGUGGUAUCAUACGUUUAGAGAGGACGAAAACCACAGCCCUCCAAGCAGCGGCGGCAAUGACAAGCAUACGAUUCUAUCAUCUCGUUGUCUGGUAGUCAGUCAAGCCCUUUAUGCCCUAGGCAUUCUGGAACGCAAGAUGCGUCAGUACGCAGCAGCUCGUCACUAUCAAAACGAGGGCCUUAUGUUGCUCAACAAAAUCAAAAAGCAGGAACUGCAGUACAACGGCGGUUGUACCACCAUGACGCAGGCGGAAGCGAAACGACGCGCUAACCUGGCAACUGCAAUCGAGAAGGAGGUGAAGUUGCUAAACGGUGGAAUAAAGUGGGUGUCCUUCUUGAUGGAGUGAAUGAGACGAACAACAGGCGAGUCGAGUCGAAAGAGAGCCAACUCUUACUCGUCGCUUCGUCCACAUUGAUGUGGGUGGCACUGAUACUUCAUCAGUUAAGCAAGACGUCAAUUGCACAAGCCAACGUUUUGAUGCUUUCAUAUCCGGUCGAAAGAUUUUGGAACCACAGAUUGUAAAGGCUGUUUGUCAUCUGUGGUUACCGUGUCAGAUGGGAACCUUCUCAUGUCGUGGAGAAAUGAGAUGUUUUCGAGUGAUGCAUUCCAGCUUCGAGGGCAAAUGAAGUGCAGUCGAGUUGGGUGAGUUGAGUCGAGUUGAGUCGAGUCGAGUCCUUCAUCUAAAAGCUAUCAAUUUCAUACAGAAAACAUAACGAAAAUUAACGAAUUCAUAAAUGUGAACGCAAAAACCUCACCGAACC